AUGGAAGAUGAUAAGAACGAUUACAAUCCCGAGGAGGAAGUCACCACUGGAAAUUGGAACACCCCCAAGAUCGAACUGAAAGAAGUGGAGAUAAGGACAGGCGAAGAAGAUGAAAGCCUGUUUUGGUCAGGGAGGUCAAAAUUGUACAGGUGGGUAGAAGGCGAGUGGAAGGAACGAGGACUAGGCGAAUCCAAACUGUUGUUACACAAGAAGAAAGGAAUCAUCAGGUUUCUUUUAAGACAAGAGAAAACACUAAAGGUUGUGGCAAACCACUACAUCUAUCCCAAUAAGUCGUACUGCAAACUCGUUCCCAACGCAGGAAGUGAAAAAAUUUACGCUUGGACAGUCAAAGAUUUUGCAGAGGAACCCAAAAUUGAGCAGUUUGCCUUAAAAUUCAACACGGCGGAGGCGGCCAAGCUGUUCAAGCAGAAGUUUGAUGAGGCGGGCCAAGUGAAUUUGAAGCUGCUCGAUGAUAAUGGGGAGCUGAAGGGGAAGGUAGCGGAGGAAAAGGAGGGAGUGAAGGAAGAAAAGGAAGAGAAAAAGGAAGAGAAAAAGGAGGAGAAAAAGGAAGAGAAAAAGGAGGAGAAAAAGGAAGAGGUGAAGAAGGAAGAGAAAAAGGAGGAGGAGGAGAAGAAGGAGGAGAAAAAGGAGGAGGUGAAGAAGGAAGAGAAAAAGGAGGAAAAAAGGAAGAGAAAAAGGAAGAGAAAAAGGAAGAGGUGA